AUGGCUGAUGAACGAUCAAUAAAAAUGACUGAAUUUUAUGAUUUCCAAGUUAAUGAUAUUAAGAAAAAACCAUUUGACCUUAAGGAAUUGAAAGGAAAAGUUGCUUUAAUUGUUAAUGUCGCUUCACGAUGUGGAUUUACUAAGCAAUACACAGGAUUGGAACAACUCUAUCAAGAGUUUAAGGAUCAAGGUUUUGUCGUUCUCGGAUUUCCUUGUAACCAAUUCGGAGCGCAAGAACCCGGCACUGAAGAAGACAAAUCUGAACCCCUUUAUGAGUUUCUCAAGAAUAAUGCACCCGAGACGAAGAAUGGAUCUGAACAAGAGAAAAAUAUUCCGUGGAACUUUACUAAAUUCUUGAUUAAUCGUCAAGGAAAGGUUGUUCAUAGAUAUGAACCUAAUAUCACGCCCGAAAGUAUCCGCGGUGCCGUUGCAGAAGUAUUGAACGAACCAGCCAGUCAGUAA